CCUGUCAGAGAAACUUGACGGUGUUGAACUGAUCUCCAAGUGUGAGCGCAGAGACAAACAGAAAGCAGGAGCGUCGUCUCUGUGGGGUCCACGAACCGGAGCUGGGAGCAGAGACAGCACCGCAACCCAUUCAGCCCGUUGUUUUUAUUUAAGCUUUAGUUGAUUUUUGCUGUUCCAAAAAAGAACCAGAGGCAUUCAGGACGCGAAGGGGAAGGUUCCCGGAGUAUUAAGACAGCUUUUAGUUUCCCUGCUCACCUGAACAUGGCUUCAACCACCUGCACCAGGUUUACUGAUGAGUACCAGCUGUACGAGGAGCUGGGCAAGGGAGCUUUCUCUGUGGUGAAGAGGUGCAUGAAGAUUUCCAUGGGACAUGAAUAUGCUGCCAAAAUCAUCAACACCAAGAAGCUCUCUGCCAGGGAUCACCAGAAGCUGGAGCGCGAAGCCAGAAUCUGUCGUCUGCUCAAACACGCCAACAUUGUACGGCUCCACGACAGCAUAUCAGAGGAAGGAUUCCACUAUCUGGUCUUUGACCUAGUUACUGGUGGAGAGCUGUUUGAGGACAUUGUUGCCAGGGAGUACUACAGCGAAGCUGAUGCCAGUCAUUGCAUUCAGCAGAUCCUAGAGGCUGUGCUCCACUGCCACCAGAUGGGUGUGGUUCACCGUGACCUGAAGCCAGAGAACUUGCUCCUAGCCAGCAAGCUGAAGGGGGCAGCGGUUAAACUGGCUGAUUUCGGCCUGGCUAUUGAAGUGCAGGGAGACCAGCAGGCAUGGUUUGGUUUUGCUGGUACACCGGGGUACUUGUCUCCAGAAGUCCUGAGGAAAGAUCCAUAUGGCAAGCCUGUGGAUAUGUGGGCCUGUGGGGUGAUCCUCUACAUUCUGCUGGUAGGAUACCCUCCAUUCUGGGAUGAGGACCAGCACAGACUCUACCAGCAGAUUAAAGCUGGAGCUUAUGAUUUCCCAUCUCCAGAGUGGGACACAGUGACUGCUGAGGCCAAAGACCUUAUCAACAAGAUGCUGACCAUCAACCCAGCUAAGAGAGUCACUGCUGCAGAUGCUCUCAAACACCCUUGGAUCUGUCAACGCUCCACCGUGGCCUCCAUGGUUCACAGACAGGAGACAGUGGAGUGCCUCAAGAAAUUCAAUGCCAGAAGGAAACUAAAGGGUGCUAUCCUGACGACUAUGCUCGCCACUCGCAACUUCUCAGCAGCCAAAAGCCUGCUGAACAAAAAAACAGAUGGUGUCAAAAUCAACAACAAGGCUAAUGUGGUCACCAGCACCAAAGAGCCUGUCUCCACUCCUGCUCUGGAGCCUCAAACCACUGUUAUCCACAACCCAGCUGAUGGAAACAAGGAGUCCAGUGAAAGUGCCAACACUACCAUUGAGGAUGAGGAUGUGAGAGCCCGUAAGCAGGAGAUCAUUAAAGUGACAGAGCAGCUGAUUGAGGCCAUCAACAACGGAGACUUUGAGGCCUACACGAAGAUUUGUGAUCCUGCCCUCACAUCAUUUGAACCUGAAGCGUUGGGAAACCUGGUCGAAGGAACCGAGUUCCACCGCUUCUACUUUGAAAAUGCCCUGUCUAAGGGGAAACUGCCCAUUCACACCAUCCUGCUGAACCCCCAUGUCCACCUAAUUGGGGAUGAAGCAGCCUGCAUCGCUUACAUCCGCCUCACGCAGUACAUCGACAGCAAUGGUAUGCCACGCACCAUGCAGUCAGAGGAGACGCGCAUCUGGCACCGCCGCGAUAGCAAGUGGCAGAACAUCCACUUCCACCGCUCUGGCUCACCCACAGUUCCCAGCAAUUAAGAUGACACUCUUGGAGCACAAACUGACCAAACCCCACCCAUCAUGUGGCCAUAACACCCCAAAGCCAAUCCCUGCCAUCCUUUGCUCUGGCUCCGCUCUCAGUGUGUUGUUUACAUAUUGUCGCUGCUGUUGGACUCACGGAUUAUUGUUCAUGUUGAAAAGCCAACAGAAGUUACGUAAGGGAUCUAUCAUUUUGUAGUGAGAAUGCGUGCCGUUUAUAUCAGUUGCAUGUUUAGAAUCUGAGCUUUGGUUUCAUUACUUUUAGAUCUGUCCCUUUUGAAUAGGAGUUCUUUCAGAGGUGCCGCUUGAUCCUUUUUAUGGACUACUGUAAUAUGUAAAAGUUUAUUUUUUGAGCUUUCCAUACCUUCAUAUAUUGUUAUGGCACAAUGACCAGUAUGUCACACACUGUAUCAACUUAUUACUUACGUAUACUUUCAGCACUGCCAACUAUUUAAGCCCAGACUCAUGCUUGCUUUGUUUUGAUGAUGCGUAAGUUUCAGUAAUUAAUGCAUUUUUUUCUCACAUCCAUCCAUUAAAAAAAUCCUUUCAGCUCUCUGUGGUUUGCUGUUGCCACCAAGUGUAUUUACUAGGAAGUGUACAUGUCUAAAGGGAAAGCCGAGCAAAACCUGAUUUCUUGUCUGCUUCGACUGCCACCACUUCCGAGCAGCAGGGGGAGACUCUUCUGAGAGAAUGUAAAUGGACAUGGAGUUUUUAGAGGCUGUUCUGAGUCUUACAAUCACAUAUUUUCAUACAAUGAGGAGCCCUUGAUGUGAAUUUUCUCUGUUCCGAUUUGUUACAUUUUAUAUUGUGAUGUUGAUGCUUGUCUUUCUUGAUAACCUAUUAGUAGACUCGUUUAGGUUGAGUUUUAUCUGAUUCCCUCUUUUUAAGUUCCCGCUGUUUGCCAACAUUCCACAGCACCUGAUCUGCACACAUUUAUACUGUUCACAUGUCCAAAGUAAAAGUUCUCCUUUUGGUCAAGGACUUCACUUACCAUGGAGUUCUUGUUAAUGGGGACGUAGCACCAUCACCAGUUUAAUUAUUGUCUAAUUAUUGUCAUUGUGGUACCUCCAUGGGAUUAAAGGGAAAAAGGUAACGGGCUCAGACGUUGAGGCGUACAGCGUCUUUUCUUUAUCUUUAGGAUGUUUUUUUUAAUUCUUACUACUUCACUGAGUUAUUUGGUGUAAUCACAUCACACAUUUUGUUUUUAUCUUUCUUCAAUAUAUUGAUGGUACAUAGAUGUUUAACCUGAAUAUGAUGUGACAUGCCUGAUGUACAUUAAAGGAAAUGUCAAAUAAAUUGUCAUUUAGGCCAAAUUGA